GCCCCGCCCCCUAGAGACCCCGCCCCCGUGAUUGGUCCCUAUUCGACUUCAGGAUCGCGGCCACGCCCCCCGAGACCCUGACCUGGCCCAGGUCUUUCCAGGGACCCCGGUCCCGCCCCCAGCCCGCAGGUCCCGGAGCCCAGCAGCCCCUGAGCACUCGCCCGGCCGCCGCCUGUGACGAAGAUGCCACCGCUGUGCCGGCGUCCGGGCCGCCGCGUCCUUCUUCUCCUACUAGCCAUGCUGCUGCCCUCGUCACCCCCGGCCCGCGCCCCCGCGCCCCCGGGCCCCGCCGCCGCCCUACUCCAGGCUCUCGGGUUUCCCGACGUGCCCCGGGGCGCCCCCAAGUCCCGGCCUGUACCCCCUGUCAUGUGGCGCCUGUUCCGCCGCCGGGACCACCAGGAGGCCAGGGCGGGCCCUCGGAGGACGCCCCUGGGGACUACCCUGCGGCCGUGCCAUGUGGAGGAGCUGGGGGUCGCCGGAAACAUCGUGCGCCACGUCCCGGACCGCGGCGCGGCCGCCCGGCCCCCGGAGCCCGCCUCAGCUGCGGGACAGUGCCCUGAGUGGACCGUCGUCUUCGACCUGUCGGCCGUGGAGCCAGCCGAGCGCCCGAGCCAGGCCCGCCUGGAGCUGCGCUUCGCGGCUGCAGAGGCGACGGCGGGGACGGCGGGCGGCUGGGAGCUGAGCGUGGCGCCGGCGGGCGCGGGCCCCGGGCAGGUGGUGCUCCGCCAGGCGGUGUCCGCCCUGGGAAUGCCGGUGCGCGCCGAGCUGCUGGGCGCCGCCUGGGCCCGCAACACCUCGGCGCCGCGCAGCCUCCGCCUGACUCUGGCGCUGCGUCCCCGGGCUCCCGCCGCCUGCGCGAGCCUGGCCGAGGCCUCGCUGCUGCUGGUGACCCUCGACCCGCGCCUGUGCCACCCCCUGGCCCGGCCGCGGCGCGAGGCCGAGCCCGCAGUGGGCGGCGGCCCUGGGGGCGCGUGUCGCGCGCGGCGGCUCUACGUGAGCUUCCGCGAGGUGGGCUGGCACCGCUGGGUCAUCGCGCCACGCGGCUUCCUGGCCAACUACUGCCAGGGCAAGUGCGGGCUGCCCGCCGCGCUGUCCGAACCCGGCGGGACACCCGCGCUCAACCACGCGGUGCUGCGCGCGCUCAUGCACGCGGCCGCCCCUAGCGCCGCCGCCGGCCUGCCCUGCUGCGUGCCCGCGCGCCUGUCGCCCAUCUCCGUGCUCUUCUUCGACAACAGCGACAACGUGGUACUGCGGCACUACGAAGACAUGGUGGUGGAUGAGUGCGGCUGCCGCUGACCGGGGGCGGGCGGGAGAGGGCAACAAUAAACACUGCGUGGUCCGCUC